UCACCUGUGCCCUGAGAUCAUCCUUGGCGUGUUGCCUUCCAUCAACUUCCAGUCCUCCAGCAGCCCUAGACCGUAAGGAUGAAGACGGGUCUACUCACCUUUACACUCAUCGCGUGUAGCGUCUUAGGGGCACGUGCAAUCUUUUUUGGGGAAGACACGGGGAAUGUAGGAACACAGAAAGCCCAACAACAAGUCCCGCUCGUCUCGCAAUCCUUUGCUGUCAAGGUGAUCAACGAGCUCAAUGACAGGAUUAACGGAUCCGUCGUCGCCAGUUAUGUCUACCUCUCCAUGGCCUUCUGGUUUGACCGAGCUGACAUGGCACUGCCGGGCUUCCAUAAGUAUUUUCUGACCGCUUCCCACAAAGCACGUGACGAUGCUGAAGCGCUCAUGAAGUACAUCAACAAGAGAGGCGGCUACAUCAAGCUGAAGAACAUAAAGAGUCCACAAGCAGUGUGGCGUGACGGGCUGAAGGCGAUGGAAUACGCCCUGGGUAUGGAAAAGGAUCUAAACAAGAACCUGCUGAAGACACACGGAGCAGCGAACGGCGAUCCUCAUGUUACCUGCUUCCUCGAGGACAGGUUCUUAGACCAGAAGGUGGAUCUGAUCAAAGAGUUGGGGGAAUAUGUGACGAGGCUGAAGAGAUUCACGAAAGACUACCAUCUCGGCGAGUACAUUCUGGACAAGGACCUGCACGACUAGGCCACGUUGUCGCCCUUGUCGCAUCUAUAGGGCGAGCUUUAAUAUCUGUGAGAAACUGAUGGUGACAUGUUUAACACAUUCCGGACAAAAUAAAUGAUGACAUAGAUGUAUAUAAA